CGCCGCAGUCGCACUAGGAAAACAGCUGUGGCGAGCUAGAAGCUAGUUAGCAUCGUUUGUUUUUGUCGUGUGUGUCAGCGAUUCGAGCCGUUCCCUGAGAAAACUGCUAUCGUACAAACCCGGAGUGACCGACCUGUCGUCUGUCAUCUCUCUUAACCAUGAAGUUUCAGUACAAAGAAGAACACCCUUUUGAGAAAAGGCGGUCCGAGGGCGAGAAAAUAAGAAAGAAGUAUCCGGACAGGGUUCCUGUAAUUGUGGAGAAAGCCCCAAAAGCCAGAAUAGGAGAUCUGGACAAGAAGAAAUACCUUGUCCCCUCCGACCUGACAGUGGGCCAGUUUUACUUCCUCAUCCGGAAAAGAAUCCACUUGCGAGCUGAGGAUGCUCUCUUCUUCUUUGUAAACAACGUCAUUCCACCCACUUCAGCUACCAUGGGACUGUUGUACCAGGAGCAUCAUGAAGAGGACUUUUUCCUCUACAUUGCCUACAGUGAUGAGAGUGUGUAUGGGAGCAGCCAAAGGGAAAUCUGAUCCCACUAUUACGCCCCCCCACCCCCCCCUCCAACCACUACCCACCUUUCUGAGACCUCCACCAUUCAUUCAUUUAAAUAUUAAAUCCAGCUCAGCAGCCUAGAGUUCCCAGAGUAAAUAUGUCAAAUGCACUUUCACCCUCCCUCAUACAUUACCCACCUCCCAUCCAUUUAUGUCUUUAUUAUUCUGCAGUCUGAAUUGUAUUUGUCUCCUCUUUUUCUUUUCAGUAAGCGACUUGGGUUAAGUGGU